AGAGAGCGGGGAAAUUUGACAAGUCCCACCAGACUACAGCCGCAAAGAAACAUAGUGUUUCCACUUGUUUAAAACUUAAUUGAAACAGACAGUUACUUUCACCGUUCAGAGGGGUUUAUUUAUCUCAUUACUAACGAUUUAACGAGCCGUCCGAUCAAAAAUGAGAACUUUAGAGGAGGUGAAGGCUACUCUGGAGAUCGCCAAGCUGAAAGAGGAAGAUUUACAAGGAACCAUCCACUGUCUGUCCUUUGGAGAAAACGUUUCAUCUGCAGAUUACUGUCUGAUGGAGCUGGACGACACUCUCUGCAAACACAUCGAGGCCGGACAAAGUCUAGUCAUUCGAGGGGACAAAGAUGAGCGUGCCGUGCUGUGUAGCGACGACAAGACCUAUGACCUUAAAAUAGCUGACACAUCCAACGUGCUGCUGUUUGUACCCGACUGCAGAACCCCGGACCAGCUGAGCAGCAGCCAGGACAACGCUCAUGUGGUGCACGCUCAGAUCUGGGGAUUUUGUAACAGCUACUGGGAGCUGAGGAAACAGCGUCCGAAACUGAAGAAACUGAAGAAGCUGUUGUUGGAGAAUCCUUAUGAAGGACCUACGUUAAGAGGGCAGGAGGAGAAUACUGAAAACAGGUACACUAUGGAGGAUCUGUUGGAGAGGAUUCAGGCCAGUGAGGAGGAGCUGAAGACCCACUUAGAGACCAUCCACGCCUGUCAGAUAGAUGGCUACUGGCGAGUGCUGGACUUUGACUAUGAGAUGAAGCUGCUCGGUCAUGUGACUCAGUUGGUGGAUUCCGAGUCGUGGUCCUUCAACAAGGUCCCCCUUCAAACCAGCCUGGAAGAGUUGGCCCCACUUGAGCCCAGAGAGAUGAUCGAACACUGUUUGAACUGCUACGGGGAACGCUAUACUGAAAACGACGAGGUGUUUUAUGCACUGAGCGAGGACAAAGUCUGUCGAGGCAUAGCGUUAAUGCUUCUUCAGAACGCUGUCAAGUUCAAUCUGAGCGAGUUCCAGGAGGUGUGGCAGCAGAGCGUCCCAGAGGGCAUGAGCACAAGACUGGACCAGCUAAAGAGCCUGGCCCUCGUGGACCGCAACUCCCACCCUGAGACCAUCUGCCUGCUGCGCGUGGAGGAUCUCUCAGAGGACACUGUGGAGCGCUUCAACCACCUCUUCACUCUCCGAGAGAAAUGGACAGAAGAGGACAUCACACCGUACAUACAAGACCUGUGUGGAGAGAAACAAACCACCGGAGCACUGCUCACCAAAUAUGCUCGAUCUUCAAUGCAAAAUGGAAUUAAGGUUUUCAACUCCAGGAGGCCUGUGGCCACGUGAACACGUCUGCUGUCAAGUAGAAUUUACAUUUGAAAGUGUUCAUCUCCAGUGUCACAUCAGACUCAGUGAUAUAAAAAUGCUUGUUAGCAGUGAAGGUAGGACCCAGCUAUCCUGCAGCUCUUUAACUAGUUAGCUUGCAAUGUUCUUAAGUCUCUCUAAAAUCAAACUGGGUGUUUAUUUCACUUUUUAUUGUGUCUGUAAAAAAAAAUUAUACAUGUAAUAAAAUAAGUUGUCAUAAUA